CUCAGAUAAACUUUGCAUUAUGAACACAGUGAGCGCUCUGUUCCAGAUAUCUUAUUGGCUGUGAGUAGUUUUAAAAACUGUGGUGCCACAUUUAUAUUGGUUUUGAAAGCAACGUACGUUAAGGGAUGGCACAAGAGACCAAUCGUCUUGUAGAUGACAGUAGGACACUUGCGAAAGCAAAUGAAGAAUCGCAAACAAUCUCAAGAGAUAAUCAUGCAGUUAGUAAGAGGCUACAGAAAGAAUUAAUGUCUCUAAUGAUGAGUCCUGAUAAAACUGUGUCGGCAUUCCCUGAUGGUGAAAACUUAUUCAAGUGGAUUGGGACUAUAACAGGUCCUGUGGGAACGGUGUAUGAAGGUCUGGUGUACAAAUUAAGCCUGGAAUUUCCCCAUAGCUACCCAUAUUCAGCCCCACUAGUGCGAUUUGCUACCCCAUGUUAUCAUCCAAAUGUCGAUCAGGCAGGAAAUAUCUGUUUGGAUAUUUUGAAGGAAAAAUGGUCAGCUCUGUAUGAUGUGCGCACAAUUCUACUCUCCAUUCAGUCUCUGCUUGGUGAACCAAACAACGAAUCUCCAUUGAAUGUCCAGGCAGCAGCCUUGUGGUCAAAUAAAGUUGAAUACAAACGUCAUCUGCAUAGUGAAUACCAAAAACAACGAAAGGGACAUUGAGAAUGAUAGGGGAUUAAUAUGUCAUAGGAAGAGGAUGUUGCUGAUGGGAGCUACAUGUGCAACGUGACACGUGUGAAGCACAAGGACAAUUUCACUGAUUGAUAUUGUGAUAUUUAUUUUAAACUGUUCUUGCUUUAUCUUUUAUAUUCAUUUAUUUAUACAUAUUUUAAUAAUUUCGUAUGUUGUGGUUUAUAGCAUACUAGUACAUCCUUCCCAUUUUACUGUUCUAAGUUUGUAAAAUUAAAGUCAGUUUCUCUUAAAAUUUAUCAUCAUCUGUAGCUUUCAUUGACCAAAUGAAAUUGUUUUUCUUGGCAAAUACAAAUUUAAGAAAAUGUUUGCGACAAUUUUCUAAUGCUAUUGCCAGUAAACAUACGUUAUGAGCACUGUUUUUAUUGAAACAAAGAAAAAUUUUAGAAUUUCUUUAGAUAAUUUUGUCUAGUAGGAGAAAAUCUAGAUAUCUGCAAGAGAAAGCAAUGUACAUAGCAGAGAUCAUAAAAAAAUGGUAUUUAAGUGAAGGGAAAAACUUGAAAUUUGACAGUGCAGCCCAUGAAAAGGAUAGUGAAAACUGUCCAAAUUGUUGGGGGUGAGAUCCGGACCAAAUUGAAUGGUUGUAUUGGCAUAUGGAUGGAUACAGUUGUAGUGAUGCUAAUAGAUCUUUCCAUUAUGUAUAUGGUAAGUUUUAAAAGAACAUGCAGCAGGACUCAAAUGCAAAUUAAAACUUUAGGCAUUAGUUUUUAUAUUUCACUGGCUUUCGUUUCUGUUGAAUAGUAUGAAAAUUGAGUUUUAACUGUGACCUAAAGUGAAUUUAGUAGGUAUCAAGAGAUGAAUUAAAACAAACUGUUUUAUAGUGAAGCAGUGGUAAAGAUGUGGAGUAUAUCGUGGCAACAAUGUUUUCAUUGCAGAAAGCCAAAAAUACUACAUAUAAUGAAGACAAAAUUGUGAACAGUUAAAUGCGGAUCAAGGCCGAUAUGAACUCAUUGCAGUAAUCUUAUUCUUCGUUUGCUACAAGAAUUGGCCACAAAAGGAACAGUGUAGCCAGCAUGAAAAUGUCUUUGCAUAAUUAUGACAGGCAGUGACUUGCAUUGUAUGGUAGAACAUGCACUUACUGGCAUUUCUGCAUAUUGUACACAUUCUCAGAUGGUCUGCUAAUAAAUAUCCCAUAAGCAAUACAGGUCCUCUGGGUUUCUGACAAUUACAAAACGUAAGCUCUUUCUCAUAUUGUUUUGAGGGUGGAGACAAAAAUGACUUUUAUUACAGUGGUUAACCAAGGAAAGAAUGUCAAAGAUAUGUUUGUUACGAAUUGUGCUUCAUUGGAACUCAACAAAAUACAACUACAUAUCAAGGAUAUGUUGAUUGCUGGAAUAAAAAGUUG